AUCGAAUUAUGCGCAGUCCGCCAUUUUGUGUAUACGAACGAGAAACUGAAAGAGAGUAACAUUUGGAUGCGUUCAAUUCAAUAUUUUUUGGAUUUAGUUUUGCACUUUAGCCAGUUUGGGAUUCCACAAGGGAGGACGGUGUUUGAAGGUUGAAAAUCGUGUCUCUCGGAGUGCAGGGACUAUCCUGCAAGGAGCGAAAGUGGAUUUACGUAUGCAUAGAGGCCGCUUGAGUUAACCCAGGGUGAGAGUGUUGGUUGGUUCGUAGUGAUUACAACAAAAUGCCAUCCAACGUGACGAAUUUCAACAUCCGAGAUGUCUGGAAAAAUAACAUGGAAGAAGAGUUCGCCAAAAUUCGAGACAUAGUAGAAAACUACCCUUAUGUUGCUAUGGACACAGAAUUUCCCGGUGUUGUUGCACGACCCAUAGGAGAGUUCCGCAGCACUUCAGAUUAUCAAUAUCAACUUCUAAGGUGUAAUGUGGACUUGCUGAAGAUCAUACAACUUGGUUUAUCAUUUUACAAUGAGAAGGGACAGCAAGCACCAGUUGGAGCCACUUGCCAGUUCAACUUCAAGUUUAAUUUGACGGAGGACAUGUACGCUCAGGACUCUAUAGAUUUACUCAACCGAGCGGGUAUUCAGUUUAAAAGACAUGAAGAAGAUGGAAUCGAUGUGGGUGACUUUGCAGAGCUUCUUAUAACAUCAGGACUUGUGUUGAAUGAAGAUGUCAAAUGGUUAUCAUUUCAUAGUGGGUAUGAUUUCGCCUACCUACUAAAAGUCCUAACAGCACAGAAUUUACCAAGUGAGGAAUCUGAGUUCUUUGACCUUCUGAAGCUAUACUUUCCAAAUAUUUAUGAUGUAAAAUACUUGAUGAAAAGUUGCAAGAGCCUAAAAGGUGGCCUACAAGAAGUGGCGGAACUGUUAGAGCUUGAAAGAGUAGGACCCCAACAUCAAGCAGGGAGUGAUAGAUUAUUAACUGGAAAUGCAUUUUUUAGAAUGAGAGAGAUGUUUUUUGAGGACAAUAUAGAUGAUGCAAAAUAUUGUGGACAUCUGUAUGGUUUGGGGACAUCCUAUGUGAAUGGUGGGCAAGCUUACAGUGGUCCAUCUUCUAACAGUAAUACCAAUUCUUCCUGAUACCUUCAUGUAUAUUGCUCUGUGAAGCUUUACACAUAGACAUUGUAAAUCUAGAUUUUAACCAGGCAUCCAAAUAUCCCUUCCCUUGAGGAAUCUUAGCAAGAUUUUUAAUCGUCACUUAGUUUCAAGAUAUUUUGCCAGCAUUCAUGUUCCUGGAAACGGUUCCAUUUUUUUUUUUUUUUUAGUGCGAUAGACUGUAUUAUUUUGAAGAUAAUAUUUAGUGUGAUAACUACAUCCAUCAGCUACUGGUGAUGGGAUUUCACUGUCUGCUCGUUUAUGCUUUUACCUAAAACCAUGUUAAUAUAAUAAGAUAGUUUUGUAAAUGAACAUUCAAGCCUCCCUUCUAAGGACACUUUGCCAAGUUGUCUGUCAUAAAUAUUAAUAAUUAAACCAAUUUACAGCAACAUUCAUUUCACGAAACUUAGAAGUCGUCAAUUUUCGUUACCCAAGUUUAUAGACUAUGACAUGUCUUAAAGUAGGAUUUUUUUCCCCAUUUUUAUGUACUUAGAUAAUUUAACAUUUUUAAGGUGAAUCCGCUAUUCAGUAGAAUUUGGCAGGAACAAGGAUGCUUGCAAAUUUGCAUUAUAAUCAAGAAUCAUUAAAGCCUUUUAUAGUUUUUAGAUUUAACAUGAUUGUUAUAAAUGAAGAAUAUAUAUUUGCACUGCAUGCAUGCUAAACUGUGCAAUCAUUUUAGUUUCAACCAUUACGUUUGGAUUCUGCUAUCCUAAAAUGUACACAGUACAUUAUGUCUCCUUAUGUUUUUAUUCCCCAUAUAGCAGAUUUCCGAUGAGAUUUAUAAAAUAUUGAACUAAAUUGAACCAAAUCACAGGCAAAGCAGUACAGUGGCAAAGUGAACAAAACAUGGCAAAGCUAUUAUUGCAAAUAGCUGAGAACCAAAUUUAUUGAUAAGACCACAUAUUUUGAUGUUCUUACUAGUUGGAAUAAGUUACCACAUUCUAUUAAAGCUAACCCAAAGCUAGUCUUUUUAUUAGUAAAAGACAGCAUCUUGGAAGAGUGCCCUGUUCCUAACAGCCAACCUGUUGCAAACACACAGAAAAAAGUAAAACACAUCACACUGACAAGACUAUACUUGUACCUAGGGAUGAAACUUAACAU